UUCUCCAUGUCUGCUCAAAAGACGACAUCGUUGACAGCAAGCUCAGGCCCGCGAAAACGACGAAAAACGCCGCGCCGUGCCCGACGAGCGAGUAGUCGGCGACGUCUUAUUGUUGUUAAAUCCAAUAAAUGUACUUUGUCUGAAAUCCGCGCGGGGUCGUAUUGGAAAUUUGGAAUCGGAUUGAAGUAGCACCUGGCAACCCGUUAUUUAAUCUACAGAGUAAACCUGGCAACCCCCGGCAGCCGGCGUGCUCUCUCUGCUGCGACUGAGAGGAAGAUGGUGGACCUGCGGACCACAUCGUGCUUCAAACUUCGCCCCAAACUCUUUGAGAGAUGCUCACUUUGUCAACCCGGCGUCACGUACAGAUUACCAGGGGACAACUAUAGAUACUACAUCCAGGACAAGUGUGGAGUUUGUCUCUUCACUUCCGGGCUGGAGGUUAGCUUGAGUGGCUAAUUAGCCAACUUUUGCCGGGUUUUCUUAAUUUUUAUUGAACUUGUUUGUCGUGGGACCACCGCCCGGAUGUCUGCCCGUCGACGGUGACGCCGCCGGGAGUGCGAAAAGUCCAUUUUAUAAGCGGGGGCGGACGUUAGCUAGCGAGCCGAGCGAAGACACCUCCAGCCGGCCGGCAGCUGUGAGGACUCCAGGUGCCGCCAUGCCGCGGGUUAGAAAAGGGAGACGCGGCGCCAGCAAAGCGGGAUCUCUUCGUCAGGACGUUCUCCAGCUGCAGCUGACGACUAAAGCCUCACUGAAAGGUGUCAAAAAUGGCAGCAGGGUGGAGUCAGGAGCCAGCGAUGACGAGCUGACGUCGGACGUCCUCAGCCACUACAGCAGCGCCAGUGAAGGCACCUCUGUGCUGGAGGAGGGCACAGGAGGGGAGCAGGUGGAUGAGCAGACGGCCCAGGAGGAAAUGGAAGACAAAAUCAAGCAGUACAUCGAUGAUCUCACUGACAAGAGUGCCAAGACUCGACUUGCGGCCAUGGAGUCCUUGCGACAGGUCUUCUCCUCCAAAGUCCUGUACGACUUCCUCACGGAGAGACGCCUCACUGUCGGCGACUGCCUGGAGAGGAACCUCAAAAAAGGCGGCGGGGAGGAGAAGGCGUCGGCGGCCACCGUCUUCGCCCUGCUCUGCAUCCAGCUGGGUGGAGGAGAUGAGGCGGCUGAGGGCUUCAACAUGCUCCGCCCCAUCCUGACCACCAUCUUGACUGACAACACCGCUAGCAUGACAGCACGUCAAAGUUGUGCCAGAGCUUUGGGGAUGUGUUGCUAUGUUUCUGCUGCUGAAGACGGAGAAGACUUGAUCAAGUCCUUGUCCCUCCUGGAGAGCAUAUUCAUGUCCUCCUACCCCAACCGAGAGGGAGUGCUGCCCACGUCCAAACCUGGAGGCCCGGCUCUCCACAGCGCCGCCCUGCAGGCCUGGUGCCUGCUGGUCACCCUCUGUCCUGCAUCCAAACUCUCUGUCCUGCUGCACCUUCAUCUUCCCAAGCUGCUCGCCUGCCUGCAAAGUAGCGACGUCAACUACAGGAUCACCGUGGGAGAAACCAUUGCACUGCUUGUGGAGCUAGGAAGGGAAAUUGAUGAGGACUUUGAGCUAGAGGACGCAGAAAGCUUAUGUGAGAGUCUGAAAGCUUUAGCCACAGACUGCACCAAGCAUCGUGCCAAGAACGACAAGCGGAAGCAGCGCUCCAUCUUCAGGGAGGUCCUGCACUACAUGGAGAACGAGGACUUCACUGAGGAGAGGAUCAGGUUUGGAGUGGAGAGCGUUUACAUCGACAGCUGGAUGAGGAGAAGAAUCUACGACGCCUUCAAGGAGAUCCUGGAGUCAGGAGUCCGACAUCAUCUGCAGUUUAAUCCUCUGCUGAGAGACAUCUUUGGCCUGGGACCUCCCAUCAUCCUGGACCCCGCCCUCAAAGCCAACAAGAUCUCACGCUUUGAGAAGCAUCUAUUUAACUCUGCUGCGUUCAAGGCCAGAACAAAACAGAGGAACAAAGUACGUGACAAGCGUGCUGAUGUCAUGUGACCUGACCUCCAACACUGUGUUCGCCACAUUCAACAUGGCCGUUGUUGCUCCAGCGAGGAAAGUUUGCUAUUGAACAUGAUGAACAAUGUUUUCUUCCUAUUGUGAGCAGAAGUUUUCUAACCUUGUCGCUAGCAACAAAUUGCUCCUGAUUUUUGGUGCAAGUGGACAUUUUUAAUUAGCUUCUUUCAUUUCUAAUUGGUGCUCAUGCUAACGUCAACAUAUUUGUUUUUAUUUAUUCCACUACAACUGUUUGGCUUUGAAGAGAAUGCAAAGUGCUGUUUACACAUGUUUCAUCUUGAAUAGCAUAUUUGAUUGCACAUUGAAGGGAACAUGUUACUUGAAUCAUUAAAUGGCUGCUUGGACUCUGCCAUACAUCCCAAUGACAUUAUUAUUAGUCUUUGUUCUAGCAGUCUAACCAAUCAAUACCAGACAAAGUCAAAGAAUGCUCCUUUUCAUAAUGUGACAUGUAGGUUCAAAAUGUAGUCUGAAUAUUUGAUAUACUACAUUUUAGCAUUUUGUAAAGGUACAAUUUCAAAAGAUUAAAUUUUUUGGUGAAAUUAA